AUGACACCGAUUAAGACCGACGAAGAUGUCAGGUCGAUGUUUCAAUGUCAUGUAACAUUAUUUCAAUUACCCAGCAUUGAGAUAUAUGUUCGUCUAGUUGAUAUUCCCGAAGAACAACCGAUUGGCAAUGUUGAGGAACAACCGUCUCACUUCUAUCCAACGCAAUCUGUACAGUCACACGACUAUGGAAUGAGUCAAGCCAUUGACGAAGAGCCGACUCAAAAUAAUGAACCUUUCAUACCAAAUGAAGAGGUGGGCGAGAAUAGUGAGGAUGAUCUUGAGGAGGUUCGAUUUGAAGAUCUUUUCGGUGUUAGCGAUGACGAUGGCAAUGAGGAAAUAUUAGACACACCGGCUGUUGCACUAAGAGUGCAACCAAUUAGUUUGUACAAUCCACCUGCGCACAUGCAAAAUAUAAGUUUGGAUGAUGCCGAACCAAGCUCCGUUUUCAGCAGUUUCAUACCAACUCACAACUCUGACGAAAUUGAGGAGGGCAUAGAGUAUGAAGAUAAGGAAGAGUGUCUUCUGGCGUUGCAACAAUGGCAUAUAAAACGUAGUCUAGAUUUCUCUGUGGUUAAAUCUGACAGUGUACGUUUUGUCAUCAAAUGUAGAAAUGCAACAUGCAAUUUCAAAUGCAGGGUCUCUUUGCGCAAGGGCAACUCAAGGUGGAGAGUUGGUAAGUCUAGUGGGCCUCAUACGUGCACAACAACUUCCAUGUCACAAGACCAUACAAAACUCAGUUCAGAGAUGAUUAGCAAGAGCAUAAUGGAGCUUGUAAAUCGGGACGCUGCUCUUAAGGUGAAGGUUAUCAUUGCUCAUGUUGUUGAGAAAUACCGGUAUAUCAUAUCAUACAAAAAGGCAUGGAUUGCAAAGUGUAAGGCGAUUGAGUCGCUCUAUGGAAAUUGGGAGACAUCUUACAACGAUCUUCCGCAGUGGAUACUGGUAAUGAAAACAUAUCUUCCAGGUACCAUUAUAGAAUUACAAACCCUACCUGUGAUUUCAAAUGAUGGUUCAUACUUGGGUGACCAAAGGAUAUUUCAUCGUCUGUUUUGGGCGUUUAGACCAUGUAUACGUGGCUUCGCGUAUUGUAAACCAAUUGUGCAGGUUGAUGGAACUUGGUUGUAUGGCAAGUACAGAGGGACUCUGCUGAUGGCUGUGGCACAGGAUGGGAACGGAAACAUAUUUCCGAUAGCGUUCGCAUUGGUUGAAAGUGAAACAAAGGAAGCCUGA